CGAUGGUGUCGCAGUCGACGCAAGAGGCAUGGGAGAAAUGGUGGCACACGACCAAGAGUGGCAGCAUCCAAACUUACGUGUCCAUCGUGCUCUUCUUCCUCUCCACAGUCUUAGCCAACCCCAUUGCGCGCUGCCUCUUCUGGAGCGUUCGCAAAGCUUGCCCCAAGAAAUGGAUAUGGCCCGAUGAUGCUCGGGUGAUGAUGAUGUGGCAGACAUCGCUAAUAUGUCGAGCCGGAUUGCUGUGGAUCGCUGUCCUAGUCUCGAGACUGUCUCUGCUGCUGUACGAAUGGCCGGUGUGGGUUUUCGGUCUCUGCUUCAUCAUCUGGAUGGACUCGGGUGGCAAUGUGCUGCGAGAGGUCAUUGUUCGCAAAGGAGUGGUGGGCUACAAGAAGGACGAGAAGGCUGGGCGCAUGACGCUGCUGUACGAAGGCAGCACACUGGCCAAACUGCUGUUACUCAUACUGAUCGUCUACACGUACUACGUCGGGCCUCAGAUUGAGGACUCGAACGAGCUGAGACUGCUGUUCUCAGUGGGCUUUUUCGUGUCCAUUGCGCUGGCUGCGUUACCUCUGGUACGACAACUGCGCAAUGUCAUGGGGGCGCACUACAUGUUUUUAGCCAACAUGCUGCAGUUAGACUCGCGCAUCUAUCUACACGGCUCGAGGAAGGGCAACAUCUGCGAUGCGCCACUGGGUUUCAUCGUGCUGGCCACUCCAGACAAUACCAAGACGUUCAUCCCUGCAGGCGGCACAGUUAGCAACACGACCGAAGUUUAUCACAGGUUUCUGUGGCCACUUCGACUGGACGUCCGAGUUCCAGCAGACAUCCCAGCGAAGCGUGUGCGUGAGUUCGUACAAGACAUGGACAAGUUGCUCUUCUGGGACCCUGUGGUUGUUAUCGCACCCGACGGAACUGCCACGUUGGACGUCGAGGGAACUUCCUCCUUCAUGGAUGCCUCGACACCACGUGAAAGUUGUAGCGCCCCUGGGUUUACGAACGCCGAGGCAUCUGAAAUGACGGCCAAGCUGUUGUUUGAUGAGAAUCGACAAGAGGAGGAGAGAAUUAUCCAACGUGCACGAGGCAAUGAGGGAUAUGUGGCCUUGGAGCCCAACAAACGAUGGGUCGUGCAGUUCCGCACGUUCGUCCAGGCCACGCAGAAAAAGCUCUUCCGUCAAACGCGAGCUGCAUACAUCGAGGCCAUCACGAAGCUGAUGGAGAAACAAGGAGCAGCUUUUGGAGCGCGGGCUUCUGUUACUGAGGCUCAAUCUGCCGAUGCAGAUUAAAGAGCUCACAUUUAACCGGCGACGGCAUUCAGGAGCCGACUAUCUCGCUGCUUUUCGCGGACCUGGUCCAACCGCAUACUGACCUCUAUCGUCGACAUGUACAGCGCUAUAUCCCCGUCGUCGGGUAGAACCUGGAGCAAGUCUUCAGGGCUGAGAGUCAAGCACACGUGGUUGAGAAUAUUCUCCAGGAUCGCGCUCUCCUCCGCCUGUACAACAAAAAGCAACGUGAGUCAAAUGAUAAUUAUGCACAAGUUUAUGCACUCCAUACCUCUGUUGCAUUCUCGGAAAUGGACGACAGUGUGCUGAUCAAGAAGCGCCACUCAUCCAGUGUAACGCAGAAGCUCUUACCGUACGGCAAGAAUAAGUUAAUGAAGUCGGCACGUUGUGCGAUGAGUUUCAA